CCGGUCAAACUGUGGAGGACACAGAGGGGAAUAGUUCAAGACGAGAUAUUUGGGAUAUAUCGUGAUUUCGGGGUGAAACAGUCUUCCUGCGGAGCCGUGCGCAUAUACGCACUUGGAGAGUUCCUCGGGAAUCGAGCCACCAAGCAACGUUUUACCCGCCAAGAAUGACGGAAGAGAGCAGGUCCUUCACAGACCAUCCCUGCAGUCCAGCAGGCAGCGACAGCUCCGUGUCCCGGCAUGAAGCGGAUUCAGAGUCGCCGACCUCUCCGGCGGGGUCCGACGCGCGGGAGGCAGCGUGCCCGCCCGGGAUUACGCCAAAAACGGAGAGCGGCGUGGAGGCUGAGCGCUUCCCCCUCUGUAUCCGCGACGCCGUGUCGCAAGUGCUGAAGGGUUACGACUGGUCGCUCUUACCGGUGCCCUCUCAUGGGGAGAGAGGGCUGAAGAGCAAACCCCGCGUGAAACGGCCGAUGAACGCGUUCAUGGUCUGGGCGCAGGCGGCGCGGAGGAAGCUGGCGGACCAGUAUCCUCACCUGCACAACGCGGAGCUCAGCAAGACGCUGGGCAAACUGUGGCGACUCCUCUCUGAAACAGAGAAGCAUCCCUUCAUUGAGGAGGCCGAGAGGCUGAGGAUGCAGCACAAGAAAGACUAUCCGGACUACAAGUACCAGCCUCGGAGACGCAAGACCACCAAACCCGGGCAGGGGGACUGUAAGCCCGGACUGGUCCAGCAGCAGCAGCAGCAGCAGCAUCAGAGCCUGUUUAAAACAGAACCAGGGGGGGGCGGGCUGGCUGGCACGGGGGAAGUGCACCAUCAUUACCAACCAGACAGGACAGGUCAGUCUCAUGGACCUCCAACACCUCCCACAACCCCUAAAACCGACCUCCACAUGGGGAACAAACAGGAGGGCCUACGGCCCGUGGACAGCAGCUCCGGCUCCGCCCCCCCCACUGGCCGCCAGAACAUUGACUUCAGCAACGUGGACAUGUCAGAGCUCAGCACCGACGUCAUCAGCACCAUCGGUGGAUUCGACGUGCACGAGUUCGACCAGUACCUCCCCCCCAACAGCCACGGCUCCGCUCUCCUGACCCCACCAGACGGCGCCCACGGACACGGCAACCCCCCGCCGGGAUCCUUCAUCCCACCCGGCUUCCAUUCCCACUCCCACAGCAGCCCCACUUGGACACCCAAGAGUGGGACUUCCACUGGGACGCCGCCAUCGUCCUCAUCCGGCCAAAAACUUCAGAUUAAAACCGAGCAGAUGAGCCCGGGUCACUACAGCAGCUCCUCCUCCUCCACUCCGCCGCCGCCGCCACAACCCGAGUACGCGUCCCUCGGCUCCUCCGCUUGCUCCUCCGCUUCCCCCUCCUCAUCCUCCGCCAACCAAUCCAACUACACCGACCUCCAGAGCUCCAGUAUCUACAGCGCCUUCUCCGGGUACCCUGCCAGUCUGUAUCAGUACCCGUACUUUCACUCCUCUCGUAGGCCUUAUUCCGCACCGCUUAUCAACAGCCUGGCCUUGGCGCCGCCUCCACACAGUCCUCCCUCUGGCUGGGAGCAGCCUAUCUACACAACACUCAGCAGGCCUUGAAGAGGAGGAAACCCCCCCCCUCCAAGUGUUUGGUUAUAUGGACAAAAACUUUAAUGACUACUCAGAUCGGGGCAGAACAGUAGCCGCUUUCAUGACUUUGAAGAGAUUUGAUGACUUGAAAGAGUUCAUCCCUGAAGGUGGAUUUCUGAAGGACAGCGCUGAUAUCGGUUGGGCCAAAGCUUCAUAUUGUGCGUCAAUAUAUUAGUUACAUUUGUUCAUUUCCAUGGAAAGCAAUUCAUGAGAUUAACAAAGAUUCUCUUUUCUGACGUUUAAAAACCUGCACUGGACACGAAAAGGUUCCAUCUGAACUCCACACUAAUGAGAUUUUGGUAUGUGAGCAGCACCUAUUUAAGACGGGGCGUCUCAGGUUUAGGAGCAGUUUUUUCCACCGAAAGAGCACAAGUGCUUCUUUACCCUCACCUUCACAUCGAUGGGGUUCAAAGCCAACUGUGUUGCAUUUUUGACUGAAUCUGAAUGUGUUCCUUUUUCUUUUUUUCCUUUUAUUGGGCAGAAUUAUGUAAAGGGGUGUGCAUUAUUCUGUGAGGAGUUCUGAGCCAGCAGGAAGUUGUAUUGAACCGUAUCGAGGCCGAGGGAUUGUGUCUUCUUCUAAGCAAUGUAGGGUAUCUGAUGAAAAAAAUUAAAAAAAGAUUGCAAUUGUUUGACAUUUUGGGAAACACACUUAUAUAUGCUUUUCGUGCCGAUACUUAGAUAGGAAGCUUGAUACCACUCAGGCAGCAUGUGAUCAUUCUCUGUGGGUUCAUCACUACGAGCGACCCCUUUGUUUUCACUUUGUCAUUUGACACAUCAUUAAAAAAAAAUACAAAUUAUAGCCGCUCUCUAAUUAAUCCAUAAAAUGUAGUCUUAACCUGAACCU